AUGAUCGAAGACAACGAGCGCGAGAUCCACGAAGCCCUGGCAAGCGACCUUGGACGACAUGAAAUGGAGAAUUGCACGACCGAUGUAAUGGGGAUCAAGAUGGAUAUUCUCGACCAUAUCAAUAACGUGGAGAAAUGGGCGGUAACAGGGCCUGUUCCUGGUUCUGGCAUAGUUGGGUUUAUUAGUAGAGCGCGUAUCCGGAGAGAACCACGCGGCGUCGUGUUUGUAAUCGGCGCCUGGAACUUUCCUUUUAUUCUUACAUUACAGCCCGUCAUUGCCGCCAUUGCCGCCGGUUGCUGCGUCGUUAUCAAGCUAUCGGAGCUCGCAACAGCAUCUGAGAGGAGCAUGGCGUCCUUGGUAUCGAAGUACAUGGACCAGUCGUGCAUUCGUCUGGUAACGGGAGGACCAGAGGAGACGACGCGAUUCUUGGAACAUAAAUUCGACUACAUCUUGUUCACAGGUUCAACAAAGAUCGCUCGCUUUGUCGCUGCUGCUGCUGCAAAGCAUCUCACACCGGUAACUCUGGAGCCGGGCGGUCAGUGUCCUGCAAUCAUCACCAAGACCGCCGAUAUCGAGCUGUCUGCGAAACGCAUCGCUCUUGCCACGUUCAGUAACGCGGGCCAAAUUUGCCUCAGUGUCAACCACGUUCUCAUCGGCCCAGCCGUGCACGACGCCUUCGUCGCCCGGCUAGAGCACUGGACGCGAAAGUUCGCUGCUGCAGGCCAGAUGUGUCGAAUCAUGAACCAAAGAAACCACGAUCGCCUGACAUCGCUCCUCGACAAAUCCCACGGCACCAUCAUCCGCUGUGGUCCGGGUCCUUCGGGAGACUGCGGCAUGGCACCCGUCAUUGUCACUGGCGUGAAAACCACCGAUGCCAUUAUGAGCGAAGAGCUUUUUGGCCCAAUAUGCCCCGUUAUCGCUUGUAGUACCGAAAACAUCAUUGCUGUGACCAACAACCUCCCCAGGCCCCUGGCCCUGUACAUCUUCAGCUCCGAUAAGAAAGAGACCGAGUACAUCCAGGACCGCACCAUCUCGGGCGGCGUCACCAUCAACGAUACCUUGUUCCACGCGGGCAUACCCAAUGCCUCCUUCGGAGGCGUGGGCGAUUCGGGCAUGGGAUUCUUCCAUGGUGAACACGGCUUCCUUUCUUUUACGCACCUGCGGACUGUUGCCGCGCCGCCGACUUGGCUCGACCGUUUUAUGGGCUUCAGGUAUCCCCCUUUCAAUACUAAGAAUAAGGGUAUGUUUGCUAUCUCGAACAUGGGUAAGUUUCAGAGAGGCGAGACGCUACAGGAUCAAAAAGUAGGGUUUGCUUGCCUUGCGUACUACUACCGGUAUCCUGCCAUGUACGAACGGGCCCUGUCUUAUGCUCGAAACGCGCCCCCUAGGUUGAAUGUUAGUUUAUGA